AUUUAGCUACAGGCUUACAAACACUGUAACGUCUGUGACUGAAACACAGUAACACACACACAUUAUUUAGUGUACCCCUGACGCCUGUAGCCCUUGUACGCGCGCGCGCCAACAAGAUACGAUUUUGUGGUAAGCGGUAACGACAAUUACAAGUUAAAAGUUAUAACAGUGAGUAACAAUUAACGACCGACAGACUAGUGGCGACCUGUGCAACUGAAAGCGCUGAACGCCGGAAUACCGAUCCGUUUUUCGUAGAAAAUACUACCAUCGAUUUUGCUGUCGAUACUACUCGAAUACUCGAUAUUCGCUAACCGCUAUCCGGUGUUGUAUUUCUUUGUUCCACUAUAAUCGACGUGAGUGUUUCGUCCGAGUCAAUCGUUUGCCAAUCAUGUCCGAGUCUGAGGGAAAUUCUUUCAACGAGAACGAAGAUGAUCAGGUGGUCGGGCUUGUCGAGUACAUAAACGAUCAGAAUGCUGAAAUUGAACAAGCCAAUCUGAUUCUCGAGGCGUCCGAAAGCGACAGUUGCACUUACUCUCUGGGAUACAUGAACCGACAAGCGUUGUACGCUUGUCUGACUUGCACUGAAAAAGACAAGUUGCCUGGUGCUAUAUGUUUGCCUUGUAUGUAUGAAUGCCAUGAAGACCAUGACUUGGUUGAGUUAUGGACAAAAAGGAAUUAUCGUUGUGACUGUGGAAGUGAUAAGUUAACAUCAGAGUGUAAAUUGGAACCGUCAAAACCUGAAGCAAAUGACCGCAAUAUUUACAACCAAAAUUUUAAGGGUUUAUACUGCAUUUGUCAACGCCCGUACCCCGAUUCUGAAAAUACGGAUGAAAUGGUACAAUGCAUCGUUUGUGAAGAUUGGUAUCAUAGCAAGCAUUUGGGUACAAAAGAUAUGAAUCCAGAUGAUUAUUCUGAAAUGAUAUGUUCUGGCUGUACAUCAAAACUAAGUUUCUUACCAGCUUACAAUCAUUUAAUUGUGACUGAUGAUUCUGUACAGAACAUCGAAAAAGGUGAUGAAUCUGAGGAUGUUGAUGUUGUGGAUACAGAUAAGGAAUCUGAAAAUAAUGUGGAAAAUGGUUUAAAUGUUGUAUCGAAGGACAUGACAUCCGAAAAUGCUAAAGCUGGUACUUCUAGUGGCGAAAAUUGUAAAUUGAGAAAUGCAAAGGACCCAAAGAAAAUUAUCGGAAGUUCUUUCUGGGUAGAAGGUUGGCGUCAAGAACUUUGUACAUGUUCUAACUGUAUUGAACUAUAUAAGAUAGAAGGCGUUCCAUUUAUUACCGAUCAACAAGAUACAUUACAGGCAUAUGAAAACAAAAGCCGUGAAAGAAUGAUAGCUAAGGAAAAACAAAGUGAAGAUGGUCUAUCCAAAGCAUUAUCAUCUAUGGACAGAGUGGCAGCAGUGGAAUUAGCUCAUCAGUAUAAUCAGUUCAAAGAAGAACUAGGAGAGUGGCUAGGCAGCUUUAAAGGGGAUAAAGUUGUUAAAGUGGAAGACGUGCAAGAAUUUUUUUCUGGUAUGCAAGCCAGAAAGCGUGCUAAGAUGGAUGAUGGCAUUCCUCCAAGUUUCUGUCGUUAAUUUAUUGUUUAAACCACAUUUAUCAUCAUAGAUUUAAAUACUUAUCAAUAAGAUAAUAUAAUAAGUAUUUCCUAGUAUUGUACUUUAAAAAAUUUAAUUUAAUUUAAUUUAAUACAUAUUUUGUAUUUUUUACUCAUGUAUCAAUAAAAUAUAUUAUGUCAUAAUUUACUCAUAAUGCAUUUAUAAUAUAUAAAUAUUGCUAACGAUCAUUUA